UGGUCCCGCCCCGGGCUGGGCGGGGAGGCGGCGGAUCCGGUGUGUCCCGGGCACUUCUGGAGCUCCGGGUUGGUGGAGGGGGUGCUUGAUGUCAGAUAGGUCGCUGUGGCCGCGGCAGCAUGGUGGGUGCGGAGAAGGAGCAGAGCUGGAUUCCCAAGAUCUUCAAGAAGAAGACGUGCACGACUUUCGUCGCUGACCCCACAGAUUCGGGGGGGACUUUGUGCCAGUGUGGGCAUCCCCGGGGCGCCCACCCCUCUGUGGCUGUGGAGGAUGCAUUCGGGGCAGCCGUGGUGACCGUAUGGGACAGUGACUUGCACACCACGGAGAAGCCCACAGAUGCCUUCGGGGACCUGGACUUCCUGGGCGCCGGCCGCAAGAUCAGCAAUUUCCUCCGGCUCUCGGACCGCACGGACCCAGCUACAGUUUACACUCUGGUCACCAAAGUGUGGGGCUUCCGGGCCCCGAACCUGGUGGUGUCAGUUCUGGGGGGGUCAGGGGGCCCCACCCUCCAGACCUGGCUGCAGGACCUGCUGCGACGCGGGCUGGUGCGGGCUGCCCAGAGCACAGGGGCCUGGAUUGUCACUGGGGGGCUGCACAAAGGCAUCGGCCGGCACGUCGGUGCGGCCGUGCGGGACCACCAGACGGCCAGCACUGGGGGCAGCAAGGUGGUGGCCAUGGGCGUGGCCCCCUGGGGCGUGGUGCGGAAUAGAUACACUCUCACCAACCCCAAGGGCUCGUUCCCUGCAAGGUACCGGUGGCGCGGAGACCCGGAGGAUGGGGUCCAGUUCCCUCUCGACUACAACUACUCGGCCUUCUUCCUGGUGGACGACGGCACACACGGCCGCCUGGGCGGCGAGAACCGCUUCCGCCUGGGCUUCGAGUCCUACCUGGCCCAACAGAAGACGGGCGUGGGAGGGACUGGCAUUGACAUCCCUGUCCUCCUCCUCCUGAUUGACGGUGAUGAGAAGAUGUUGAAGCGGAUAGAGAACGCCACCCAGGCUCAGCUCCCCUGCCUCCUGGUGGCCGGAUCUGGGGGAGCUGCAGACUGCCUGGCAGAGAUCCUGGAAGACACUCUGGCUCCAGGGAGUGGAGGGGGCAGGCGACGUGAACCCCUAGAUCUGAUUAAGCGUUUCUUCCCCAAAGGGGACCCUGAGGUCCUGCAGGCCCAGGUGGAGAGGAUCAUGACUCGGAAGGAGCUGCUGACAGUCUAUUCAACUGAUGAUGGCCCUGAGGAAUUUGAGACCAUCGUUUUAAGGGCCCUUGUCAAGGCCUGUGGGAGCUCUGAAGCCUCAGCUUACCUGGACGAGUUGCGUUUGGCUGUGGCUUGGAACCGUGUGGACAUUGCCCAGAGUGAACUCUUCCGGGGGGACAUCCAAUGGCGGUCCUUCCACCUGGAGGCCUCCCUCAUGGACGCCCUCCUGAACGACCGACCGGAGUUCGUGCGCUUGCUCAUCUCGCAUGGCCUCAGCUUGGGCCACUUCCUGACCCCGGUGCGCCUGGCCCAGCUCUACAACGCAGCGCCCCCCAACUCACUUAUCCGCAACCUUCUGGACCAAGUGUCACACGGCGCAAGCGCCAAAGCCCCAGCCCUUAAACCCUCUGCGGAGCCACAACUUCCGAAGGUGGGGCAGGUGCUGCGGAUGCUCCUGGGGAAGACGUGCGCGCCGACGUUCCCCGCCGGGGGCACCCACCGCAGCGACGGCAGCAGAGAGAACUCGUUUGUGCUGUCAGACAAGGCUGCCUCGGAACUGAUGGAAGCUGUCGCCGGGCAGGCCCCCUGGAGCGACCUGCUGCUCUGGGCGCUGCUGCUCAACAGGGCUCAGAUGGCCUUGUACUUCUGGGAGAUGGGUUCCAAUUCCGUGGCCUCAGCUCUUGGGGCCUCUUUGUUGCUGCGAGUGCUGGGGCGCCUGGAGACUGAGGCCGAGGAGGCAGCACGGAGGAAGGAUCUGGCGGCCAAGUUCGAGGGGCUGGGUGUUGACCUCUUUGGAGAGUGCUACCGCAGCAGCGAGGAACGGUCCGCCCGCCUGCUGCUUCGGCGCUGCCCACUCUGGGGUGAUGCCACUUGCCUGCAGCUCGCCACACAGGCGGAUGCCCGUGCCUUCUUUGCCCAGGAUGGGGUGCAGGCUCUGCUGACACAGAAGUGGUGGGGGGAGAUGGACAGUGCCACGCCCAUCUGGGCCCUGGUUCUUGCCUUCUUUUGCCCUCCGCUCAUCUACACCGACCUCAUCACCUUCAGGAAGUCAGAUGAGGAGCCCACGCAGAAGGACCUGAUGCUUGACGAGGAUGGCGACGUCAGUGGGGAAGGGCCUGCCGAGCCCACAGACCCCCCUGAGAAGAUGCCCUUGGGGGUAUUGAGGCCGCCCAGACACAGGGACUGCUGUGGGGGGUGCCCACCGCGCCUGCGCCGCUGGCCGCAGUUCUGGGGGGCACCAGUGACGGCCUUCAUGGGCAACGUGAUCAGCUACCUCCUCUUCCUGCUGCUCUUCGCGAGAGUGCUGCUCAUCGACUUCGGGCCCGAGAGGCCCGGCGUCCUGGAGCUGCUGCUCUACUUCUGGGCCUUCACCCUGCUCUGUGAGGAGUUCCGCCAGGGCCUGGGCAGCGGCCUGGGCAGCCUGGCCAUGGGGGGACCCGGGACAGACUCCCACCAGGCGCCACUGCGCCGCCGCCUGCAUCUCUACCUCUCCGACGCCUGGAACCAGUGCGACCUGGUGGCCCUCACCUGCUUUCUCCUGGGCGUGGGCUGCAGGCUGACCCCGGGCCUGUAUGACCUGGGCCGCACUGUCCUCUGCCUUGACUUCAUGAUCUUCACGCUGAGGCUGCUGCACAUCUUCACAGUCAACAAACAGCUGGGGCCCAAGAUCGUCAUCGUGAGCAAGAUGGUGAAGGAUGUGUUCUUCUUCCUCUUCUUCCUCGGCGUGUGGCUGGUUGCCUACGGGGUGGCCACUGAGGGGCUCCUUAGGCCCCAGGACCGUAGUCUCCCGAAUAUCCUGCGCCGCGUCUUCUACCGGCCCUACCUGCAGAUCUUUGGGCAGAUCCCUCAGGGGGAGAUGGAUGUGGCCCUCAUGGAGCACGGCAACUGUUCACUGGAGCAGGGCUCAUGGGGGCACCCCGAAGGGAACCUCUCAGGCAAAUGCGUCUCGCUUUAUGCCAACUGGCUGGUGGUGCUCCUCCUUGUUGUCUUCCUGCUGGUGGCCAACAUCCUGCUUCUCAAUCUGCUCAUUGCGAUGUUCAGCUAUACCUUCGGCAAAGUGCAGGGCAACAGCGACCUCUACUGGAAGGCGCAGCGCUACAGCCUCAUCCGGGAAUUUCACUCUCGGCCCGCACUGGCCCCGCCUCUCAUCUUCAUAUCGCACGUGCGGUCCCUCAUCAAUCGAUUUCGCAGGCGCCGGGCGCGCUUGCCACCAUCCCCAGUCAUCGAGCAUUUUCGGGUCCACCUCUCGAAGGAAGCGGAGCGGAGGCUGUUGACAUGGGAGUCUGUGCAAAAGGAGAAUUUCUUGCUGGCGCGUGCUCGGGACAAACGGGAGAGCAACUCUGAACGUCUGAAGCGCACGUCGCAGAAGGUGGACACAGCAUUGAAGCAGCUGAGACAGAUCCGCGAGUACGAGCAGCGUCUGAAAGGGCUGGAACAGGAGGUCCAGCACUGUACCCGUGUCCUGGGCUGGGUAGCUGAGGCCCUGAGCCGUUCUGCAUUGCUUCCCCCAGGGGGACCGCCUCCCCCAAUCCCACCUGGGCCCAAAGACUGAGCCCUGCUGGUGGACGUCAAGGAGUAGCUGCCAGGGGGAGUUUUGCUCCCAGAGUAAGGCCUAGCAGGUCCUUGACUCCUGCACCUGGCGACCUUGUCUUUGAGGUGAACCGGAUACCCAUGGACUAUCACCUUGGAUGCUGCCAGGGUCACUCAGGGAGUGUCAUCCAUGCAAACCACGGCAGGCCUGGCUCCUCCCAGAACCAGCCCUAUUCUGGGAGGAUGAGCCUCUGGAGCCCAGGCGUUCCCUCUCUGAGCCCGCUGGACUGGAGAAGGCUACCGGGUCCUUCUGGUACAGGGACCAGAGUCCGCUCACAGCUCCCCACACUGGGGAAAUAAAGCCGUUUGAGAGGA